AUGAAGUUCUCAGUCAUUUCCGCUGGUCUUUUGGCCGCAUUCGCCGCUGCUGCUCCAACCCCAACCUCUGAAGAGAGUGUCAACCGCGCUGCUAUUGCCAAACGCUCCACUAUUACCGACGCCUGCAACAUCGGAUACGCCAGCACCAACGGUGGUACCAAAGGAGGAGCUGGAGGAACCACCACUACUGUUUCCACCUAUGCUCAAUUCACCAAGGCAGCCACUGCAGGAAAGUCUGUCGUUGUGCUUGCGGGUCCUAUCACCCAAGCUGCACCCCAGGUCAAGGUUGCUAGUGACACCACCAUCAUUGGUAAAAACUCCAAGGCAGUCUUGACUGGUUUCGGAUUGCUCGUUAAGGGACAAAAGAACGUCAUUAUCCGCAACCUUGGCAUCAAGGAGGUUCUUGCCGCUAACGGUGAUGCUCUUGGAAUCCAAAAAUCUACCAACGUCUGGGUUGACCACGUUGAUCUCUCCUCCAACCGCGACCAUGACAAGGACUACUACGACGGACUCUUCGAUGUAACACACGCCGCCGACUUCGUCACCUUCUCCAACUCCUUCAUCCACGACCACUGGAAGGCCUCCCUCAUCGGCCACUCCGACUCCAACAAAGCCGAAGACACCGGACAUCUCCGCGUCACCUACGCCAACAACUUCUGGCAAAACGUCAACUCCCGUGGUCCAUCCAUCCGUUUCGGUACUGCCCACAUCUACAACUCCUACCACAACAACGUCGCCGAUGGUAUCAACACCCGUGAUGGCGCUCAAGCACUCGUUGAAUCCAACGUCUGGGUCAACUCCAAGAAGCCUUUAUACAGCACCGAUGCUGGAUAUGCCGUUGCCAACGGAAACGACUUUGGAUCAUCCGCCAACGAAGCCACUAAGGGUACAUUGAGCGCCAGCAAGUUAGGAUACUCCUACACACUUUUGGGAAGCGACAAGGUUAAGGCUGCUGUUGUCGGCACCGCUGGUAUUACCUUGAACUUCUAG